UUUCUAACGUCAGUAAAAGCCCUAGUCUCAGUCUCUCACCGUCACUGACUCGCUCGCCGAACUCACCACCGCCAUGUUUCUCAACGCCUCCUCCUCGUCUUCCUAAUGCUCUCUCGAAUUGCCAAAACCUUAUUUCCCAAACUACCCCUUCACUCUACACCCCGGCUUGCCCGACCCAUGAGCUCCCAGCCGACUCAGCGCGCCUUCCAGCUCCGUGUCAACCCGCUCACCGGAAACUCCGAGUGGAUCGUCAUUGAGGAAGACGGACCAGAGGAACAAACUUUCAACAAUCCCCAAAAUGCCCUUCUCGCCACAACGUCGUAUCUGGACAUGCUCAACGACUCCCCUCGAAACAGAGCAUUCCGUGCAGCCAUUGACAAGACCAUCACCGCUCCCUGCCAUGUUCUCGAUAUCGGUGCUGGAACUGGGUUGCUGUCGAUGAUGGCAGCGCGGGCAAUGGGCCCAACGACAUGUCGUAUGGUGACUGCCUGCGAGUCUUACCUUCCAAUGGUGAAGCUAAUGAGGAAAGUGGUGCGCUUAAACGACAUGGAAAACCAAAUAAAGGUCAUCAACAAACGCUCCGAUGAGCUCGAAGUUGGAGUUGACGUUGCUUCUCGUGCUGACGUACUGGUUAGUGAGAUUCUGGAUUCUGAGUUGUUGGGAGAAGGGCUCAUUCCAAGUUUACAGCAUGCUCAUGACAUGUUGUUGGUGGAAAAUCCCAAAACCGUGCCGUAUAAGGCGACCACCUACGGCCAGCUUGUUGAGAGUACAUUUUUGUGGAAGCUUCAUGAUUUACAUGGCAAUGAGGCGAAAGCAUCUGAUGGGAUUCGUCUAGUUCCAACUGGGUUGGGUGAUAUUCUAGGUGUUAAGCCGCAACAGUAUGCCUUUCACUGCAAUGCGAUAGAGAAUGAAGUGAAACUGCUGUCCGAACCCUUCAAAAUUUUUGAAUUUGAUUUUUGGAAACGGCCCGACAGUUGUGGGGAGACUGAGCUAUUUGUGAAGGCAACUAAAGAUGGUCGAGUUCAUGCUGUAAUUUCAUGGUGGAUACUUCAGCUUGAUCGUGAAGGGACAAUCUUUUAUUCCACUGCCCCUAGGUGGAUAAGUUUGCCAGCCAACAUAAGUCAUGGGGAUUGGUGUGACCAUUGGAAACAGUGUGUUUGGUUUGUUCCUGGUGAAGGUAUGUCCAUAACUAAGGAUGAAGAGGUUUGUUUACAUGCUGCUCAUACAGAAACUAGCAUCUCUUAUAAUCUCAAGAACCAAUUUCCAAGAAAUGAGACUCUACAGUAUGGCCUCAAGAAUGGGGAAUUCAAACUCACACUACCCCCAGAAAGAAUUGCAAUUUACGGAGACAGUGAAUGGAGGCAUUCCAUGUUUAGUGCCAUAACUAAACCUUUACAGGGAAGAGUUGAUCCGUUAUGCAUUGUUGCAGAUGACAGCAUCUUCUUAACACUCCUCGUUGCACAUAUUUCUAAAACAUCACAUAUGAUGUCUUUUUCGGGGUUGCAAGGCAAGGGUAUUGGAUAUUUGCAAGCUGUUGCUAGUUCAAAUGGUUUUUCAAUGGAUCGUGUAGAAUUUAUUAAUAAGAGGAAAACAAAGUUGACCAUGCAUGACACACACCAGAAAAAGGUUGAUCUAUUGAUUGGAGAACCUUUCUACUAUGGAACGGAUGGCAUGCUUCCAUGGCAAAACCUACGGUUUUGGAAUGAACGGACAAUGCUUGACUCUGUCCUAUCUGAAGAUGCAUUGGUACUGCCAUGUAAAGCGAUAUUAAAGACUUGUGCCUUGUCUAUCCCUGAUCUUUGGAAUAGUCGUCGCUGCUUAAGUAAGAUUGAAGGUUUUGACCAUUCAGUUGUAAAUUCCACCUUAGGAGCAUGUGGUGAAUUACCUGCAGGGCAAGAGUCUCCUUGUCUGCCUUGUUUCAUCUGGCAGUGUGGAAAUGUUCGGAAGCUCAGUGAAGAAUUUACGCUUAUGGAGUUUGAUUGUUCAAAACCUAUAACGCCAUCUUAUGGAGAAACCCAGGUUGAAUUUACGGAGCCUGGGAUAUGCCAUGGAUUUGCACUCUGGAUUGAUUGGGUGAUGGAUUCGGAGAACUCCCUUGUGUUCUCUACAGGGCCAGAAAAGAGAUAUUGGAAGCAAGGAGUAAAGCUUCUGGCCAAGCCUGUAGCAGUUAGAAAUAAUGAAUCGAGUACGGGAGAAAGUCGGUCUGCAAUAAUUCAAGCGUCAUUUGAUCCAUCAAACGGUGACCUCAACAUCAGACAUGAUUUCUUAUAGGCGGUCAUGUGGUUCCUGCCUCAACAUCAUUUGAACCAUCAACGGGAUAACUGUUCUCUCUGUCUCAGUCUCUCGUACCGUGUUCUCAUGUGCUAUCAAUGUUGCCAAUGUGUUUAGGAUUUUGUUAGAGUUCAUGCUCUAUGGCUGGGGGUGCAAAUCCUAGUUUUUAUAAGGGUUUGCACCCUGAUAGUGGUUCAGUGGUACCUUUUUUAUUUUUUUAUUUUUUUUUAAGAUUUCGCUGGCUGUUACUAAGAUCGACGACGAAAUUUCGCUGUAUCACCUUUCCCCUUCCCCACUUUCACCUUAUGUACUUACCUUCUUAA